CCGCACCCGCGGCCUCGGGCGUUGAGGCGGGGGAGCGAGGAGAUGCCGACCCAGAGGGACAGCGGUACCAUGUCCCACCCGGUCGCGGGCGGCGGCGGCGGGGACCACGCUCACCAGGUCCGGGUGAAAGCCUACUACCGCGGGGAUAUCAUGAUAACACAUUUUGAGCCUUCAAUCUCCUUUGAGGGCCUUUGCAAUGAGGUUCGAGACAUGUGUUCUUUUGACAACGAACAGCUUUUCACCAUGAAAUGGAUAGAUGAGGAAGGAGACCCAUGUACAGUAUCAUCUCAGUUGGAAUUAGAAGAAGCUUUUAGACUUUAUGAGCUAAACAAGGACUCUGAGCUCUUGAUUCAUGUAUUCCCUUGUGUACCAGAACGUCCUGGAAUGCCCUGUCCAGGAGAAGAUAAAUCCAUUUACCGAAGAGGUGCAAGGCGCUGGAGAAAGCUUUAUUGUGCAAAUGGUCACACUUUUCAAGCCAAGCGCUUCAACAGGCGUGCUCACUGUGCCAUCUGCACGGACCGAAUCUGGGGACUUGGACGCCAGGGAUAUAAGUGCAUCAACUGCAAACUCCUGGUUCAUAAGAAGUGCCACAAACUUGUCACAAUUGAAUGUGGGCGGCAUACUUUGCAACCAGAACCGCUCAUGACCAUAGAUCAGUCAUCCAUGCAUUCAGAACAUGCACAAACAGUAAUUCCAUAUAAUCCUUCAAGUCAUGAGAGUUUGGACCAAGUUGGUGAAGAAAAGGAGGCAAUGAACACAAGGGAAAGUGGCAAAGCUUCUUCCAGUUUAGGUCUUCAGGAUUUUGAUUUACUCCGGGUAAUAGGAAGAGGAAGUUAUGCCAAAGUACUAUUGGUACGAUUGAAAAAAACAGAUCGUAUUUAUGCAAUGAAAGUUGUGAAAAAAGAACUUGUCAAUGAUGAUGAGGAUAUUGAUUGGGUACAGACAGAGAAGCAUGUUUUUGAGCAAGCAUCCAAUCAUCCUUUUCUUGUUGGGCUGCAUUCUUGUUUUCAGACGGAAAGUAGAUUGUUCUUCGUUAUAGAAUAUGUAAAUGGAGGAGAUUUAAUGUUUCAUAUGCAGCGACAAAGAAAACUUCCGGAAGAACAUGCCAGAUUUUACUCUGCAGAAAUCAGUCUAGCAUUAAAUUACCUUCAUGAACGAGGGAUAAUUUAUAGAGAUUUGAAAUUGGACAAUGUAUUGCUGGACUCUGAAGGACACAUUAAACUUACUGACUACGGCAUGUGUAAGGAAGGAUUACGGCCAGGAGAUACAACCAGCACUUUCUGUGGUACUCCCAAUUACAUUGCUCCAGAAAUUUUAAGAGGAGAAGACUAUGGUUUCAGUGUUGACUGGUGGGCUCUUGGAGUACUAAUGUUUGAGAUGAUGGCAGGAAGGUCUCCAUUUGAUAUUGUUGGGAGCUCUGAUAAUCCUGAUCAAAACACAGAGGAUUAUCUCUUCCAAGUUAUUUUGGAAAAACAAAUUCGCAUACCACGUUCACUGUCUGUAAAAGCUGCAAGUGUCCUGAAGAGUUUUCUCAACAAGGACCCAAAGGAACGGUUGGGUUGUCAUCCUCAAACAGGAUUUGCUGAUAUUCAGGGACACCCAUUUUUCCGAAAUGUUGAUUGGGAUAUGAUGGAGCAAAAGCAGGUGGUACCUCCCUUUAAACCAAAUAUUUCUGGGGAAUUUGGUUUGGACAACUUUGAUUCUCAGUUUACUAAUGAACCUGUCCAGCUCACUCCAGAUGAUGAUGACAUUGUGAGGAAGAUUGAUCAGUCUGAAUUUGAAGGUUUUGAGUAUAUCAAUCCUCUUUUGAUGUCUGCAGAAGAAUGUGUUUGAUCCUCAUUUCUCAACUUUGCAUUUUGCUGUGUUGCUCUUUAAUGCAUGGAUAAAGUUUCCAGCCUGGAUACAGUGAACCAUUUUAUAUUUGCCAUCAACCAAAAAACGCUCAUUAUUAUCUUCUGUUGUUAACUAAAUGAGUCAGUUAUUACAUUUGCAUUUAACUAUAAAAAAAGUUGAAACUAGUUUCCAGACAACUGUGUCAAAAAAUAGUUACACUGGUAAUCUAGCAGCCUACUGAUGAGUAACGAAAGUGUCUCUUUAAAAGAAAUUCUUACCACUGCUUAAAAAAGGGUAUCUGUUGCUUUAAGUGGGAUUACAUCAUAAACCUCAUGAUUUUUGUUAUUCUUUGUUAAGUCAUUUAAGUAAAUUAAGUCAUUUAAUUGGCUUUUACUUUUGGAAUAAAAGGUUAACUCAAAAUAUAACAACUUGUCUUAUCACCUAUAGUUUGAGUUCUUUGUGUUUAAAAAUUCAGCAAUAAUAAUUUUAUUGUCUUGAAUCGUUAAAUUAAUGGUUAAGACAACAGUUAUUAAACCAAUUGGUACUAAAAGGUGUUGUUUGCUUAGAAUGAAGAAAUACAGAUUCCCUUUGAGGGAAAACACAGGUUUUUGUUUGUUUGUUUGUUUGUUUAAAUUGCUUUCAUCAUCAGCUGUUUUUGAAAAACUGAUGUGAUUUAUGCGUAUAUUAAAGGGUUAGCUUCUGAGUUUGUCCCUUCAGCCAGAACUUUAACUAGGGUGUUUGUAGUUUAGAGAACCCAGGAUGCAGUUGAAUGGAAUAUUUCUCAGUAGAUAGAAAGGAAAAAAUAGAAAUUUGAAAUAGACACAGAAAAAUGAAAUGGUAAUAUUUAUUUCCUCAAAUGGAAACUCCACAGUUGCUUUUUGCGAUUUGACUUAAAUAAUAAGGAAGCAUUUACUUGUUUUCAAACUUGUAAGCUCAUUCCAAUUAUCCAGUGGAGACAAAAUGUAUACUAUUUUUUUCCUUAAAAUUUAGUUUUGAGAAAAUAAUUUAUCUUCCAAAUAGUGUCUUAAUUAAACUCAUUUCUAUCCCAAAGCCAUGUUAUCCAUGUUUUUUGGACCUAGUUUGUAGGUUGUUAAAUGAAGUCCAAGAAAAAUAAUAAAAAUGAAUAAAUGUUCAGGACACACACAUGUUCUCAUACACAUCACAGUUUUAGCUCCUUAUGUGAGUUUUUAAGUACGUAACAUGUAAUACAGAAUGGAAUACAUUUCAGGGGCAGAGUUCUUCAUAUUAUUUUUAUUAAUAUUAAUGUUUAGCAAUGUUUAUUAUUUAAAGAUAUCAGAGAUAGCAUCCUUUUUAAAAUAUUUUUUUAUAAGAAAGAACUUAACCAUGAUCAUUUAAAUUACUCACAAUUAUCCAAUCUUCAUAAAAUUUCAAUUUUAGGAAACUAUUUAGUCUUAAAUUUAAGAUGUUUUAAAAUUUAUAGGCAUUUUAUAAUUUUUCUUUUUUAAAGGAUACUACAUUUCAUUAGAAAUGUAGUUUUUCCAAAGUUUCUGGCCAUAUACUCUUUUCCUCAUCUAUCUAAGUCUGAAAGCUAUGAAAACCUCAGUGGAAAAUGUUUGAAUAUAUUCACAUGUUGAAGAGAUACAUGUUUCUCUUAAUACCUGACGUUUCUUUUAAAACAAAAAUCAGUAUUCACUUCAAGUCAUAAACUUGUAGAAAACUCUGAUAUCUAUAUCAGGAAUAUAUUUAUGAUCUUGCUUUCAAGUGGUGCUGUUUCCCUAAGACAUUAGUUCUCAAAUUUUAGAAUAGGAAAUAACCACAGAGCAAGUUUGUUUAAAAUGCACAUUUACUGGGCCCACCCAGUUACAAGACCUUAUUUUAAGAAACACUUUGUUAAAGUUACUCUUAUUUUGUCCAGUAUUUUAUUUUGUUAAAUAUUCAAGAGUAUUCAUGAUUAAAUAUUUUGAGAUGGGGUAGGCAGUGAGUUACUGUCAUCUACAAAUUUUAACAUAAAUUUUGAAUGAAUUGCUUUAAGUUAGACAUGUUCUCCAAAAAUUCAAUCAGAACAAGAAGUCCAUCAAUUUGCUACCGGUAAUGUUAGAAAUGUUGAGCAUUUUUCUACGAUGAGGUUUUAGCCACUAUUCAAGGAGUCUUUGUUUUUAAAUCUUUUUUUAAGGUAGUAAAUUUACUGUAUAUGUUUUAUAUAGAAUUGGAUUACAAAUGUGUUUUUGUGUUCUGUUUUUUGUAGUUUUUAAGUGCCAUAUCAAGUCUUUUUAUAUUAUGUAAAAAUUCUCUAAAAAUACUCGCCAGGGGAUAAGGCAGUUGACAGAAUGGUUACUUUGCAUAAACAUGUAGUCAGAUCAUUGUAUGUAAAUGCAGCCUGAAUUGGCUAUCAGGUAUUAUGCUUAUUUAGUACCUGUACAUUUACUUUUAAAAUUUUGUUUUGCUUUGAUUUUUGUCAUGUAGAAAUACCACCAUGGUUAUAAUACAAUGUUUUUGUGUACCUGGUUUUGUUUUGUUUUUUUUUUUUUUACUUUAAAAUCUUUAAAUAAAAUGUUUAAUACUCAUCAGGAUUGAAACGUU